UGGAAUUCAAAGAGAAGAGUUUGCGUGUAAAACCAAAACAUACAUGCAACUAUAUAUGAUGGAAAGUUGUUUACUGUUUCUCAUUUGGCAGCCACACCAAUAAUACUAGUCGUCAGAAAGUGAGUGGAGAUAUAUGAACGGUGGAGGAAAAGUGGUUUGUGUCACCGGAGCUUCCGGUUACAUAGCGUCUUGGAUUGUGAAGCUUUUGCUCCUCCGUGGCUACACCGUCAAGGCUACUGUUCGAGACCCAAAGGAUCAAAAGAAAACAGAUCAUCUUCUUGCACUUGACGGCGCAAGAGAAAGACUUCAACUAUUCAAAGCAAGUCUUUUAGAAGAAGGUUCUUUCGAGCAUGCAAUUGACGGAUGUGACGCUGUCUUCCACACCGCUUCACCAGUCAAAAUCAUUGCCACUGAUCCACAGGCUGAGCUGAUAGAACCAGCCGUCAAGGGAACUAUUAACGUACUAACAACAUGCACUAAAGUGUCUUCUGUCAAGAGGGUCAUUUUAACGUCGUCCAUGGCCACACUUCUUUCUCCUAACUUCCCGUUGGGACCAAACGUGUUACUAGACGAAACAACCUUCUCUGAUCCAAGUGUCUGUGAGGAGGAAAAGCAAUGGUAUAUACUCUCCAAGACUUUGGCCGAAAAUGCGGCAUGGACGUUUGCCAAGGACAACAACUUGGACUUGGUCGUAAUGAAUCCAGGACUCGUUAUUGGACCAGUCCUACAACCAACUAUUAAUUUCUCAGUAGAUGUGGUUAUAGAUUUUAUAAAAGGUAAGAACACUUUUAAUAGGAAGCAUCAUAGACUUGUGGACGUGAGGGAUGUUGCUCUAGCUCAUAUCAAGGCGCUCGAGACUCCUUCAGCCAAUGGCAGAUACAUCAUUGAUGCUCCGAUUGUCACAACGGAGGAGAUUGAGAAAAUUCUACGUGAAUUCUUUCCUGAUUUGUGUAUUGCUCAUGAGAAUGAAGACAUUGAUUUGAAUUCGAUGGCUUACGAAGUAAAUGUAGAAAAGGUGAAAAGUUUGGGGAUUGAGUUUACUCCUACAGAAACAAGCCUUAGAGACACUGUUCUUAGUCUCAAGGAGAAACAUCUUGUGUGACCAUCCCUUUUGUUAACAAAAGGCACUAUGAAUAUAUGCUUUUGUGUUUGUUUUUAUUUAUAAUCAUAUCAUAUAAUAUAUAUUCUAAAUGUUUAAUAUCCCCUUUGUUUUAUACUGUAAACAGUUUUACCUAAAAAAGCAUGUUAAUUAA